UGAUUGCAAUCUAAUUUUAUUGUGAUAAAUGCAGUGCAUGACCUAUUUCAGAGCCUAUAAGUGAAUUUUCCAUAAGGGCUUUUGACCAACAUGCCUUAUCUUUAUAUUCCCACAGACACUUUUUACAACCCGCAGAACAUUGGGUUAUAAACUGUAUUCCUCACGUGAGUUGUAAUACCUGUGAUAUUCCCUGUUGUUGUGGACAUCUGAGCCAUGGCCUUUUCUGACCUGCUGGAGCAGGUGGGCAGUACAGGACGCUUCCAGAUCCUGCAUGUCACCCUGUUGAGUAUGCCCAUCCUGAUGAUGGCCAGCCAUAACCUGCUGCAGAAUUUUGUGGCCUCUGUGCCGCCGCACCACUGCGCCCCCUACGCCAACCUCUCAAUGUCCUCCAUGGGGGACAUGCUGCGGGCAACGGUGCCCCUGGGCCAGAACGGCCAACCGGAACGCUGUAGACGCUACACACAUCCUCAGUGGCAGCUCCUGAACAGCAAUAGUUCAGAGAGCCUACGGGAAGAGGGUGUGGAAGAGAUAGAGAUGCAGAAGUGUGAGGAUGGAUGGUACUACAACAUGACGGAUAUGAGCUCAACUAUUAUUAGUGAGUGGGAUUUGGUUUGUGACCAGCGUGCGCUAAAACAGAUGAGUCAAACUACAUAUAUGGGAGGCGUCCUUGUGGGAGCAGUCCUUUUUGGGGGACUUUCUGACAGAUUUGGCCGGCGCAUUUUACUGCUGAUCUCUAACCUGAUGAUGGCGGUUGGAGGAACAUGUACUGCCUUCUCCACAUCCUUCACCAUGUUUUGCCUUUUCCGUGUCUGCUGUGGCAUGGCCCUUUCUGGUCUGGUGCUCAAUUCUUUCUCUCUAAUUGUGGAAUGGAUCCCCACGCGUGUGCGGACGGUGGUGGGCACAGGAACAGGCUACUGCUACACCACAGGCCAGCUGAUCCUGGUAGCCAUCGCUUACUGCAUCAGAGACUGGCGCUGGCUCACAUUGGCUGUCUCUCUGCCUUUCUAUGUGUCCUUCCUCUACUCAUGGUGGUUCUUAGAGUCUGCUCGUUGGCUGGUCCUGACCAAGAAAUCAGAGCAGGCAGUAAAAAACCUCAAAACGGUGGCUCGCAUAAAUGGACGCCGCGCAGAAGCCGAUAAAAUCAACCUUGAGAUGUUGCAAGAGUCCAUGAAGAAGGAGAUGGCCUGUUCACAGGGGUCUUACAGUGCUCUAGACCUCCUGCGCACAUCCAAUAUGAGAACCAUCACCUUGUGCCUUAGUGCAGUCUGGUUCUCAACCAGCUUCGCCUACUAUGGUCUCUCCAUGGAUCUGCAGAAAUUUGGGGUCAGCAUUUAUCUUAUCCAGGUCAUCUUUGGAGCAGUGGAUAUACCAGCCAAAAUUUUGGUUACGAUAUCCAUGAGCAUGUUAGGACGAAGACCAUCUCAGUGCGGAGCUCUUGUACUGGCUGGUGUAAUGAUACUCAUUAAUCUUCUGGUGCCUUAUGACAUGCAAGUAUUACGCACCAGCCUGGCAGUGAUUGGGAAGGGCUGCUUGGCUGCGUCAUUCAACUGCUGUUACCUGUACUCUGGAGAGCUCUAUCCUACGGUCAUCCGUCAGAACGGAAUGGGAUGGGUCUCCAUGAUGGCUCGGUUUGGAGCAAUGGUGGCCCCCAUGGUGCUCCUUCUGGGAGAGGAUUCCCAAUGGCUACCUGGUUUUAUCUACGGAGGGGCUCCAAUUGUCAGUGCGAUCAUCGCUUACUUUCUCCCAGAAACCCUUGGACAACCUUUGCCUGAUACUAUCCAGGAUGUGGACGACAGAGGUUUAGGACGGACAAAUUCUAAAAGAUUCCCUGAAAAAGAGGAUUUGGCCAAGAAGGAUCCCAGUUGUGUCCUCCUGAAAGAGUCUGCCUGAGACGAUCACUUCACUGCAGUAUAUGACAUUAAUUGAGAUGAUCGAUGCCAUACCGAAGAGAACUCAAGUGUUAAUAUGAUGGAAACAACCAACGGCUGUAAAUGGGGGUUUCUUUGAAUUUGAAUUUGAACUUGUUUUUCUGACUGCAAUUAAUGUAAGUUAAAAGUAUUAUUUACUUGGGCGAAGUGAGAAAUAGAGCUUCAUAUGGAGCUUUGUGCUCUUUAGAAAUCUUUUACAUUUAUAUGUGUGUGUGUGUGUGUGUGUGUGUGUGUGUGUGUGUG